AUGCACGUAAAACCAUGUCAGUGUAGCCUAACCAAAGCUCUCCUUUCACUCUGCUCCAAGUCCAACUCUUUUCUACACAUCAAGCAAACUCACGCCUUGGCCAUUCUCCAUGGCGUCCUCCCCACCAAUAUUCCUCUCUCCGCCGCUCUCAUUCUCCGCUACGCCACCUUCAAUUCCCCUUCGAAUUGUCACCUUUUAUUCCAACAAAGUCUUCCGUAUUCUCAAACACCCUUCUUAUGGAAUACCUUCAUCCGUGCUUUGUCCGUUGCUAGAAUUUAUCACGACGGAUUUCAAUUUCAUAUUUAUAAUAAAAUGAUUCGAACCGGAAUAAAACCGGAUGAUCAUACUUUUCCUUUUGUUCUCAAGGCCUGUGCCGAUGCCUUUUGUUUUCAAAAGGGUUUGGAGAUUCAUGGGACUGUUAUUAAAACUGGGUUUGGUUCAGAUAUUCUACUAGGGAAUACCCUUUUGUUGUUUUACGGUAAUUUUGGGGGUUUGACGGAAGCGAGGAAAGUGUUUGAUGAAAUGCGUGACAGAGAUGUUGUGUCGUGGAAUACGGUUCUUGGGGUUGUUUCCAUUAAUGGCAUUUACUUGGAGGCGCUUAAUUUGUUCUCCCAGAUGAAUUUGAAUUCUGGGAUUAGGCCCAACAUGGUUACUUUUGUCAGUUUGUUGCCUGUUUGUGGAGGGGUUGGAGAUGACGGGUUGGUGAGGCAGAUUCAUGGGACUGUUGUUAAGGUUGGUUUAGAAUUUGAGGUUGGUAUUGGGAAUGCAUUGGUUGAUGCAUAUGGGAAAUGUAGGAAUGCGAAGGACUCGGAGCGAGUUUUUGAUGAAAUGGUGGAAAAGAAUGUGGUUUCUUGGAAUGCAAGAAUUACUAGUCUAGCUUACAUGGGACUUAAUAAGGAUGCGUUGGAUAUGUUUAGGUUAAUGAUGAAGGUAGGGCUGACACCUGAUUCCAUCACUAUUUCAAGUAUGAUACCCGUGCUGGUUGAGUUAGAAUAUUUCAAUUUAGCAAAGGAGAUUCAUGGUUUCAGUUUGAGAAUUGCUAUUGAACAUGAUGUUUUCAUUUCCAACUCAUUGAUUGAUAUGUAUGCAAAAUUAGGUCAUUCAAGUGCAGCUUCAAAUGUGUUUCAGCAAAUGAAGCUGAGAAAUAUUGUUUCAUGGAAUGUCAUGGUUGCCAAUUUUGCUCAAAAUAGGCUUGAAUUAGCAGCUAUAGAACUACUAAGAGAAAUGCAAACUCAUGGUGAGUUUCCAGAUUCUAUUACCUUAACAAAUGUUCUUCCAGCUUGUGGACGAGUAGGGUUUCUUCAAAAUGGAAAAGAAAUUCAUGGUAGGACAAUUCGUCUGGGGUCCAACUUUGAUCUGUUUGUUUCCAAUGCUCUGACAGACAUGUAUGCAAAAUGUGGAUACUUAAAUCUUGCUGAAAAUUGCUUUAAGACCUCCCUUAAGGAUGAAAUCUCUUACAAUAUUUUGAUUGCAGGCUAUUCUCAAACUAGUGAUUGGUCAAAAUCUGUGAGUUUAUUCUCAGAAAUGGGCCUCAUUGGCAUCAAGCGUGAUGUAGUUUCAUUCGUGGGUGUUAUUUCAGCCAGUGCAAAUCAAGCUGCUUUCAAGCAAGGGAAAGAGAUUCAUGGACUGGCAGUAAGAAAGCAUGCUCAUACUCAUCUCUUUGUUGCUAACUCCCUUUUGGACUUCUAUGUUAAAUGUGGACGAAUUGACUUAGCUAGUAAGGUCUUUGAUCAGAUUCAAUAUAAGGACGUAGCUUCAUGGAACACUAUGUUGUUAGGUUAUGGAAUGCUAGGUCAAUUAAAUAUAGCCAUCAGCCUUUUUGAAGCAAUGAGGAAAGAUGGCAUUGAGUAUGAUUCAGUUUCAUAUAUUGCAAUUCUAUCAGCUUGUAGCCAUGGAGGAUUAGUAGAGAAAGGGAGGGAAUACUUCGAAGAAAUGAAGGCUCAGAAAAUUAAGCCAACACAUAUGCACUAUGCAUGUAUGGUCGAUCUACUUGGCCGGGCUGGCCUACUGCAAGAAGCAGCAGAACUUAUUAAAAGCCUGUCCAUUACCCCAGAUGCUAAUAUUUGGGGUGCUUUACUUGGAGCAUGCAGAAUCUUCGGAAAUGUUGAGCUAGGGUGUUGGGCUGCUGAGAAUUUGUUCAAGUUAAAGCCCCAGCAUAGUGGAUACUAUACAAUUCUUUCAAACCUGUUUGCUGAAGCAGGGAAAUGGGAUGACGCAAACAGGAUUAGGGAACUGAUGAAAUUGAGGGGAGCAAGGAAGAACCCUGGCUGUAGUUGGGUUCAUAUCCAGGACCAAGUACAUGCUUUUGUGGCUGGACAAAGGCUGGAGAAAUUGGAUCCAGCUCUCUGGCUUGCUGAGGGUGCUUGGAAAUCUAUCCAUCCCUCUUAAUCUACCUUAGUUGAAAAGGAAAGAGAGGCGAGCGGAGGGAAGAGGGAGAGUUGAGGGUCGGCAUGGCCACACCCGCCGGCCUGAUUCGAUGCUGUAAGGUUGUCUCACUGGGGUAGAGAUGGAGAGUUCUGAUCCGCAGUUACUGUCGACCAAAGCCCGAUGGGACUAGGUUCCACACUGUUCAGCAUUUUUUGACACCGCAGGAGCUCGUACAUCUCCCCCAGUUCUGGCCUGCAACUGCCAACUAGCAAAGGUAGAAAGGGAAAAUUAAAUGCCAAAAAAGGAAAUGGGAGGCCCAAAAAGAAAAAUCAAGAUAGUGUAAGUAGUAUUGUAAAAUUAAUUAAUUUGUCUAUUAAAAUUA